AUGUUUCAUGGGCCUAUACCCGCUGAACGAUAUUAUUCAUAUUUGACAUGGAAUGAUAUUGAUAAAAUGUCUAAUAAGACCAAUGUCAUACUCAUUCAACCCAUAGGUGCUAUUGAACAACACGGUGCUCACUUACCUUUGAUAACUGAUGAUGCCAUUGGCCUGCAAGUCAUCGGAAAAACACUCGAACAGUUUUCGUCACAAGACAAUCCUGUUGUUUAUGUUCUUCCACCACAACAUUCAGGUCGUUCAACUGAACACAUAUCGUUUCCGGGUACAAUCAGCUUGAGUGCUACAACAUUGACAAGUUUACUCAUGGAUAUUGGUGAGAGUGUCUAUCGAAGUGGCUUUCGAAAGCUUGUAUUUUUUAAUUCGCAUGGUGGUCAACCACAAGUAAUGGAAAUUGUUGCACGUGACCUACGACAACGCUAUUCAGAUUUUCUACUCUUUCCUAUUUUUAUAUGGCACUUACCCAAUGUCGGUCAAACAUUAGUCACACCACAUGAAUUCAAAUGUGGUAUACAUGCUGGUGACAUAGAGACAAGUUUAAUGCUCACCUUUCUGAAGAAAUAUGUCAAAAUGGAUCUAGCAAAAAAAGAGUAUCCAUCAACGGUCAUGUCUGAACACGAUUUGCUAGGUAUUGAAGGUGGUCUAGCCUAUGCAUGGGUAACCAAAGACUUAAGUCAAUCUGGUGUGAUUGGGGAUCCUACUGGAGCGACACAAGAUAAAGGUGAACGAAUUCUUGCUUCACUUGUUACAAGUUUUAAAAAACUCCUUGAAGAAAUAUAUGAAUUUCAUUUUUAG